AGCUACCUUCCAAUAUAAACCAGGGCUGCAGGUGAAGUCCUCUCAUCAACAGGAUCACUUAGCAACCAUGAGGUCUCUGGUCUUUGUUCUGCUCAUCGGAGCUGCUUUUGCCCUUGACGACGACAAGAUCGUCGGAGGGUUUGAGUGCCAGCCUAACACUGAGCCCCAUACUGUGUCUCUGAACUCUGGCUACCACUUCUGCGGUGGUUCUCUGAUCAAUGAGAACUGGGUUGUGUCUGCUGCUCACUGCUACAAGUCCCGUGUGGAGGUCCGUCUGGGAGAGCACGACAUCACCGUAAACGAGGGAACUGAGCAGUUCAUCAGCUCCUCCCAAGUCAUCCGCCACCCCAGAUACAGCUCCUACAACAUUGACAAUGACGUCAUGCUGAUCAAGCUGAGCAGGCCCGCCACUCUCAACCAGUAUGUGAGGCCCGUGGCUCUGCCCUCCGGCUGCGCUCCCGCUGGCACCAUGUGCAGAAUUGCUGGCUGGGGCAACACCAUGAGCUCUGUUAGUGGUGACAGGCUGCAGUGCCUGAACGCCCCCAUCCUGUCUGACAGGGACUGUAACAACGCCUACCCUGGCAUGAUCACUGAUUCCAUGAUCUGUGUUGGAUACCUGGAGGGAGGCAAGGACUCUUGCCAGGGUGACUCUGGUGGCCCUGUUGUGUGCAACGGUGAGCUGCAGGGUAUUGUGUCCUGGGGCUAUGGAUGCGCUGAGAAGGACCACCCUGGUGUCUACGCCAAGGUCUGCAUCUUCAACGACUGGCUGGAGAGCACCAUGGCCAGCAACUAAGCCUGAUUCUUCUACAGCCAUUUUGCUCUGCUGCAUUUCUUUCAUCGUUUCAACUCUGAUUUUUCUUGUAGAAUCAUGAAUAACGUGCAACCAGUUUCCAUGCAAACCAAUAAAAUCUUAAAAUUUAA